AUUGCGUGCAGUGUUAGGCAACUGCUCCUGUCUGUUAAUAUUGCAAAGUGUAUGUAAAAUGUAAACAAAUGUUAAUACUGUUAUUUACCCAACAUGUUAACUUAGGUAUAGAAACCUAAUUAUGCUGCUCUGUUAUUUACAGGCGAAAGAUCUUAGCUGGCAUUUCAGAGUUUAAACGACUUAAUAGUGAGAUAAUAGACUUUGAUGGCGAUCAAUCUCUACACAAACCUUGCUUUUCGUCUAAUACCAAGAAAGUAAAGAUUACUCUACAUAUUUCUCAACAAGUCGGAGUAAAUAACCGAACCGUUGACUUGAAAAAGUAUUUUCUUAUUGUGAUACCAAGUUGUGUGGAGUGCAUAUUCCCCAGGAUCAACGGGAAAUGACUUUAAAAUAUUAUCAUGCACGGUCCCGUCCAUAAUCUGAAUUUCUGUAUUAGCCUAAAGGAAUUUACAAUUAAAUGCAGAUAAUUGAAAAACAACGCUUGACACACAUUGUUUUCGUCUCGAACCGCAUUUGACCCCAGGCCAAAUUUAAGAUAACAACAACAAAAGCAAAUCUCUUAGGCUUGGUUUCCCACAGAGCCGAUGAUAGCUGCUUUCUUCUGCAAAUAUCGAAAAAACAACAACAGAAGCAGCAGCAACAGCAACAACAUAAACAACAACAACAACAACAACGAGUCGUCUUCAUAAUUAAUAGUUGCUGAUGGGUCUGCAAAGGCGAAGACAACAACAACAACAACAACAACAGCAACGGGAGUCACAACGACUCAAUGGUUCGCAGCAACGCAAACAAAGCCGAAAGAAAAGAAAAAGAGAGAAGCAAGAAAUAUGCAAAUAACUAAAACAACAACAACAACAGCAGCAACAGCGACUACAACGGUUGAGCAGCAGCAAUGGCUGCCAGCGUCGGCGACGGCAGCGGCAGCGGCCAAAAAGCGCUCAAAAUGCCAUUCGAGUCCGGGGCAUGUCACUCAAAUUGCGUUUUGAGUGAAAAACUGACGUUUUGCAUGGGCCAACGGAUUCCCAUAAAUUGGUGAAAGAUACCAAAAACGCGCACACAAACCAACUGAACGGCGCCGCAUUCAACUGGCAGAGCCACCAAUUUAACAGUGUUGCAGUGCAGUGCAAAUACUACACAAUUACCCACAAUUCAAAACUUGAUUCAAAGGAAGAAACCAAACAACAAACAAUAUGGUCAAUCAAAGCACGUGCAAAAUGGCCCUGUCCAAAAUCGAUGCAAUAGAUACGGAUAUCGAGCACAUCGACCAGGAGAAAUAUCUGCGCCAGGCCACGCAAUAUUAUUGCGCUCUGGAGAAGCCGCUCAAAUACGGACCCGAGGUGGAGACGCUGCCGGAUCUGAUAUCGGCGCUGCAUCGCGAAUUCGAGUCGAACUAUGUGAACAUCGAGAUGGUCAAUCAUUUGAUGCUCAGCUACAAAUCGAAUCCGAAGGAAUGGCGCAAAUAUGCCAAGUUCGAUCGUUACACGUAUACGCGCAAUCUGGUCGAUGCCGGCAACGGCAAGUUCAAUCUGUUGAUACUCUGCUGGGGUGAGGGUCACAGCUCCUCGGUGCACGAUCAUGCCGAUUCGCAUUGCUUCAUGAAGAUGCUCAAGGGUGAGCUGCGCGAGAAACGCUACCGGUAUCCCAAUCGACCCACGAGCAGCGAAAAUCAGCCGGAACACGAUCACGAUCACGCGGAGAUCAACGAUCACGAGCUGCAGGAGAUCGGUGAGACGCCCAUACCCGUUAAUGACGUGGCCUAUAUAAAUGAUAACCUGGGCCUGCAUCGCGUGGAGAAUCCGAGUCAUGCGGAUACAGCCGUUUCGCUGCAUCUCUACUGUCCGCCCUUCGACACGUGCAGCAUUUUCCAGGACAAUGGCAAAAAGGCCACGGCCAAGGUGACAUUCUGGAGUAAAUACGGCGUUCGAACCAAGCCAACGGACCAAUAGAAUUGUGCAAUACACUUCCCUAGUUUUUAUAUAGUUUAUAUAGUUUAUAAUUCGCCUACGUCUAUGUAUAUAUUUAAGUCUUAGCUAUACCAAAAAUACGACUUACAUGUUCCCAUUUGACACAUAACAAAAACAACAACAAAAGCUAAA